GCGAGCGCAAGUUCAGUACUCAGCGCUGCAAGCUGUCAGCAGUACCAGCAAACAUAAACAAUGGUGGAGCGGCUGUAAACCCUGUACACAGCGGAUCGAAUUUGCCCCAUGGAUGGGCAUUUCGCGUACACCGACAUGGAAAGCCCGACCGAAAACCCCAGCAAGGCGGCGGAGUACCUGAAAGAGCUCAAUAAAAUCAUCGAAACCCAACAGGAGUUGCUGGAGAAGCAGAAGAUUCGGAUUGAAGAGCUCGAGCAGCAAGUGACUGAUCUUUGUCAGGAGAACGCGUGCCUCAAGGAUCAGCACCAGAGGCACCUGGCCACCUGCAGACUGCAACAACAGGGCAACAGUCACCCCACGCUGGGUGCCAUAAAGGAGAAUGUGAUUCAAGAAAAGAAAGAAAGUGAAGGCUUGCGUGUCUCAAAUGUCAGACGGCACACUUCUUUGCCCCUCGACAUCACAGAUAACCCUGGCAACUUUAUUGUUCCGCUGUGUCGAAGAAGUUACCCCUGUCACAAAUGGAAGUCUGCAUCUCUUGGUGUGGAAGGUGAGGCUCCGGGCAGCGAGGCGGGUCCCUCUCUGGAGAACAGUGGCGGUUACAUACGAGGGCCAGUGACCCGCAGUGCCAUCAUCAGUGCUGAGCAUUUUGACGGGCCACCGCUGUACGCUCACGAGGUACGGCAGCGUCCGCGGCGACCCAAACUCCAGCAUUCUCAGUCCAUUCUACGGAAACAGGCGGAAGAGGAGGCCAUCAAACGCUCCAGAUCACUGUCUGAGAGUUAUGAACUCUCCACCGACCUCCAAGACAAACAGGUGGAAAUGCUGGAGCGCAAGUAUGGAGGGCGUUUUAUAACCCGACAUGCUGCGCGCACAAUCCAGACAGCCUUCCGCCAAUAUCAGAUGAACAAGAACUUUGAGCGCCUCAGGAGUUCUAUGUCUGAGAACCGCAUGUCCAGACGCAUCGUUUUGUCCAAUAUGAGAAUGCAGUUUUCUUUUGAAGGACCUGAAAAAGUCCACAGUUCCUACUUUGAAGGGAAGCAGCUGUCGCUUACUGAUGAUGGGUCUAAGCUAGGAGCCUUGGUGCAAUCAGAGCGUGGUGAAAUGGUCCCCGCUAACAUGAAGUCUCCUGCCGUUCAGAGUGAUUUCACGGACGCCAUCACAGAGCUAGAGGAUGUUUUCUCUCGGCAAGUAAAGUCAUUGGCAGAGUCGAUAGAUGAUGCUCUGAACUGUCGGAGCUUGCAUGGAGAUGAGGGUCAGCCUGAGCCUACCAGAGGUCACGCAGAACUGGAUCAAGAGGUUACUUACCAGGUCAAACCUUCCCACAGCAGUGACCACCGAAAACGAGAUGAGAUGACGGCGUCCUACAGCGAUGUGACUCUGUAUAUAGAUGAGGAAGAGCUCUCCCCUCCUCUUCCUCUAUCACAGUUAGUAGACAGACCUUCUAGCACAGAAUCAGACCUCCGUCUACGUUCUUUGAACUCUUCACAUGACUACUGGUCGCUAGCUCACAAGGACGAGAAAGGGGACACGGACACUAGCUGCCGCAGUACCCCGUCUCUGGAGUGUCAAGAGCAGAGACUGAGGUUAGACCACCUCCCCCUGCUUACUAUCGAACCUCCCAGCGAUAGCUCAGUUGAGUUGAGCGACCGCUCUGAUCGCAGUUCGCUCAAGAGGCAGAACGCCUAUGAUCGGGGCAUUGCCAGCCAGCAGGGCAGUCCUAAACACAUCCCUUCUCAUGCCCUCCCACCACGAGGACCUUCGAGAGAUGACGAUGCUCCUCGGCAUCGGCCUCGGCAGCUGGAGAGCCACCUGGUAAUCAACGGCACCACCAACCGACAGAGCAAGUCUGAGUCGGACUUCUCAGACGGUGAUAAUGACAGCAUCAACAGCACUUCCAAUUCCAAUGACACCAUCAACUGCAGUUCGGAGUCCUCGUCCAGGGAUAGUCUUCGAGAGCAGACUCUUAGCAAGCAGACGUACCAUAAGGAGACACGCAACAGCUGGGACUCACCUGCGUUUAGCAAUGAUAUCAUUCGCAAGAGGCACUACCGCAUCGGCCUGAACCUUUUCAACAAGAAGCCAGAGAAAGGCACCCAAUACCUGAUUGAGAGAGGAUUUGUCCCAGACACACCUGUGGGUGUUGCACACUUUCUAUUACAGAGGAAGGGGCUGAGCCGACAGAUGAUUGGCGAGUUCCUAGGCAACAGGCAGAAACAGUUCAACAGAGAUGUUCUUGACUGUGUGGUAGAUGAGAUGGAUUUCUCAGGAAUGGAGCUGGAUGAAGCCUUGAGAAAAUUCCAAGCUCAUAUCCGGGUGCAAGGAGAAGCACAGAAGGUGGAACGACUCAUUGAAGCCUACAGUCAGCGAUAUUGCAUCUGCAACCCAGGGGUGGUGCGUCAGUUUAGAAACCCAGAUACCAUCUUCAUUCUGGCGUUUGCCAUCAUCCUCCUCAACACGGACAUGUAUAGCCCAAACGUGAAGCCAGAGAGGAAAAUGAAACUGGAGGACUUUGUGAAGAACCUUCGCGGGGUGGACGAUGGGGAGGACAUCCCACGUGAGAUGUUGGUCGGCAUCUAUGAGCGAAUCCGGAAACGAGAACUGAAGACUAACGAAGACCACGUGUCCCAGGUGCAGAAGGUGGAGAAACUCAUCGUCGGCAAGAAACCGAUUGGGUCGCUGCAUCAUGGCCUUGGAUGUGUGCUGUCUCUACCACAUCGCAGACUGGUAUGUUACUGCAGACUGUUUGAAGUCCCCGACCCUAACAAACCUCAGAAGCUCGGUCUCCAUCAGAGAGAGAUCUUUCUGUUCAAUGAUCUCCUGGUGGUCACUAAGAUUUUCCAGAAGAAGAAAAACUCUGUGACGUACAGCUUCAGGCAGUCCUUCUCACUGUAUGGCAUGCAGGUGCUUCUGUUUGAAAACCAGUAUUAUCCCAAUGGAGUGCGUCUCACUUCAGCUCUUCCAGGUGCAGACAUCAAGGUUCUCAUUAACUUUAAUGCUCCCAACCCACAAGACCGCAAGAAGUUCACGGAUGACCUGCGGGAGUCCAUCGCAGAAGUGCAAGAGAUGGAAAAGUUCAGAAUAGAGUCUGAACUGGAGAAGCAGAAAGGAGUGGUCCGUCCAAGCAUUUCCCAGAGCUCAGGGCUGAAGAAAGAGACAGGAAAUGGCAAUCUAAGUCGUACAAGUCUGGAUGACAGCUACGCCGUGGGUGAAGGCCUCAAGAGAAGUGCCCUCAGCAGCUCCCUACGUGACCUUUCAGAUGCAGGCAAGCGGGGGCGUCGCAGCAGUGCAGGAUCUCUAGACAGCAAUAUGGAAGGGUCCAUCAUUAGCAGCCCCCACAUACGGCGCCGAGCCACAUCCAGUCGCGAUUGCCCCUCGCGCCAGCAGUCCAUCCCCAACUCCUCCUCCCUCCUGGGCUCCCUUUUCGGCACCAAGCGGGGCAAGUCACCUCUGCCUCCGCAACCCUCCCACCCCUCUCACCCGACGCUCAUCUCUCACACCCCACACCCAACCAACUUGCACCACACAGCCCGCGAGAGCGUCACUGAGACCCAGGCCCAGAUGCACCCCCACCACCCUCAGUUCUGCCACAUACAGCAAAAUCCCCCACCGUACCACCACCACCAUCAUUAUCACCCGCCAGCACACAUUCAACACCCCCCUCACCAGUACCACCCCCCACCCAGCCACUCACACACUCCUCAUGGCCACGGGCCACACCUACCACACCCCUCACACUCCCAGCAUGCGCCUCAUCACCACAGCCAGCCUCCCGCCCCUCCUUCGGCACCCAGUAGCACCAAACCCAAACAAAGCGGCAUCAGCACCGUGGUCUGAGCCCGUCUCCAAACUCUUUCCUCUGGGACUAAUUCUGGCAGGGCACCUGGUGGCAGACCAUGGGUCACUCUCUUUAGCUAGUGUACUGAAGAUUGUGACGUGCGACGCUGGACUGUUUGCUGCCUGCCAGGACGUGAUUUGGGAAUGAGAACAAAGGGCACCUUUCAUUUUAUCCAGAGCCCGUCCCCUCUGGGAAGGGGCGCCACACUGUGUAGCACUGGCCUUCUCUUCUGGGGCUGCUAGAACUCCAAUCAUCACCGUUAUUACCAGUCAUCGCUCAAGCUGUAGACUCCCAGACAAAGCUGCUGCUUCUUUUAGGCGUGACGUAGAGACUUUUAACCCUUGAAAAGUAAGAACAUGCACAAAGACCGUGGCAACUGUUGUUUUGUGCGUGCAAUACCUAAAAUGCACUAUCAAGUAGCCUGCUUAUUAGUUUGCAGAAACAAUGUUUUCAAAAGAAUGGUUUUGGCCCACAAACAGACUACAGGCACGGAUGAAGUCACAACACGUGGUAUUCCAGUAUUUAAUAUAGCUGUAGACCACACAUUUCUGUGAUAUAGUUAGGGGACUAUAAUGUGCCAAUUAUUAAAAAGCAGUGACUGAGAAAAAGAUUUGCUUUGUGAAUGUUGUGCAUAUAGUAUUUUGUUAAAUAAUAAUAAUAAUAAUAAUAAUAAUAAUAAUGUUAUCAGCUAUUAUUAUUAUUAUCAUUAGAGAAUAUACCGAUCGAAAGCCUCAGAUGAAAAUGCUGGAUUCUCUGUGUGCUCUCCAAGCAGGCGUUACUAGUUUCCACUAAUACUCAGUUCAGUGUGACCCACUUGAUUAGGUGGCCAAUUGAACAACAUGGAUUUAUUUGUUGCCUUUGGGAGAUUCGGAUCGGAAUCUCCCAAUCCGGGAUGGCUGUAUUUGCUCCACUUCCUUAUGGAUCUACAUAGCGCAAACCAAUCACAGGGAUCGCAGGAAGGGGGAGGGCGGGACAGUAACUUAGCCGAGCUCACCAAUGGAUCCUCCACUGCAACAUGCUGCAACAUGGUUUUAUUUUUUUAGCUAUUUUUUUAAAGAUGAAUAAAACAAUAUGAGAUAAAUGUACAUUUGAAGAUGUUUAUGGUAAAGCUGGUUUAACCGAGAAGGCUAUUUUGGAAAAUACAACACAUUUAGCAUUAGGGUAAGCGUUUUGUUCAGAAUAAUGAGAUGUAUUGGAGGAAAACAGGCUGAAAUUCAAAGCUGAUCCAAUUCUCUCUCCGUAUUUCAAGGGUUUGUUUUAAGUUUGUGCUAAGAUGUUGAUUUUCUCAGUGGUCUGAGCGAGUACGCCCUCUUCAUUUCUCUUCUGUGUGGAACUGGAGUGUUAACACACACAGAUAUUCUUCUGUCCUCCUGUAAUAAUGCCUUUCACUUGCUCAGAAACACAGCUAAUGUAAUGUAAUCUUAUGUCACAUAAACUGCAUAUAAUACAGUAUGUAGCAGUGGGUUAAAAUGGAUGGUUUUUGGUUAAAAAUGUUUUUCACACAUAUCCCCUUUCACACAUUUCCCGUUUUUGACUUGUUUAUACUGUAGUUAAAUGGCGAAGGAGCUGUGAUUUGAUGUAGUUUUGUGUGACGAUGCUCUUAACUCAAGCACAGAUCUUCUAAACAGCACUUCUCUUUGUAAAUAAUCACUUCAUGUACAGGAAGCUCACUCUAUGAGACCAAUGUCAGCGGUUACUACAUUUGCUGUGCGUUCUUCUUUUUUUUUUCCUAAUCAGUUUUUUUUUUCUUUAGUUUUUUUUUAACUAAUCAUGUGCAAUAUGUAUGGUUUUGUACAUUUAAAGUUUGCAAAGUUGUAAAUUCAAAGUGGUUGUCCCUGUUUGUUUUUGUUAUAUCAUUUUUCUUAUAUCAUAUGAUGAACCCCAUAUUGUUUCUCAACCCCACCGACACCUUGUUGACCCUGGUCUCUCUUUACCUGCAACCUGCAGUCAGGAAUGUCUACUCUUGCAUGUAACGUUAUAUUGUAACGGAAACAAAUAUUCUCUCAAUAUUGCAUAUUUCCAGAGAUAUUAUCAGUGUUACAGUCGACCAUUGUUAAAUGAGUGAUGAUAAACAUAUUAAAAUCUGUAGAGUUCUCUACAUUCAGCUCUAUUAUAAGGAAAAGUCUUUUCCUAUUUUGCACCAAAAUAGUUUCAAAUAGAUGACAUCAGUUUAUCUGACCACUGGGUUUAAAAUCAAACGCUGAUAGUCAAAUAUUUUAUAAAAGAAAAUAUUAGCGGUUAGACUAAUCAUAAGUGCCAGUGGAGCACAUUCAUAUAAUAGAUGCUUACAGAUAAUAGAACAUAAAUCUGUGUCUUUGUCGUUAUCAGAGUAACUUCCUUACACCUGGCUUGUUCCUAGGAUGCAUUGCGGCCAGAAAAUGUGUACAGUACAGCAUUAAUCAGACUAGAAUAGUCCAUUUCUGUGUACGAAUGUGAUCGCCUAAAGCCAUUUCACACCAAAUAAUUUCAUUCUGGGAUAAGAAACAUCAAGAUAAUGUCUCUUUUAUAUGUUUUUUAGGUUUUUCACCUUUGUGUUGACUGUUUUUAAAUUCAGAUUUCAAUUCAGUGCAGUGUAUUGUACAUUUAUUGUGGUGCUUCAGCUUUGUACAGUACUGGACAAUUCAGGCAAAACGUCCCAAAGCUUUGCAUGCAACUGAUGCCUAGCACCUCUGGUUGAAAUGUGAGCUUAUUUAAACUGAAGAAAUGUUCUUCCUUUUUAUUGUUUUCUUUCUCAUCUUUUGUUUUGGUUAAUUGGUUGGUUUUAUUGUUUUUGUCUAUUUUUAAGUGAUGUUGGCUUGCUGUUACAUUUUAUGCUGCGCCACUGCAUCUCGGCAUGUAUGUCACUUGUUUACCACCCUAAAAAGAUCAUUACACUUAUGUUUGUGUUACAAAGCCUGUGUCACUGUAUAUAUCACAAACCAUAGUGAGAAAUUUGUAAAAAAGUAUAUCUAUAGAAAUCUAAUAUGGAUGAUAAAGGGAAAGUGUAAGGGUUGGGUUGACUUGUACAUAGUCUGUAUAUAACAUUUUGUUUUUUCGGUCAGCCAUUACAUUGACGCUGUAGUCCUUUCCAUCUUAACAUGACACUGCUUCUGCUACCAAAUGUACUUACUGAAUUUGUCAUAGGAUCUUCUUUAAUAAUCCGACUGUUACAUGACAGCCUUUCAUGUGCGUCCACUCAAACAUCUUUUUUGUUUUUUUUAUUACCAAACAAGGAGAGGAGAGCUAUGGUUUUAAUAUACAUUCUGUUUCUAAGUAGAUGACAAGACCCUAUUGAUGUUUAACUAUAACUGUGACCAUGCUGAGAACAUGAAAUAAAACAAUAUACCGUAA